AUGAAAGAAAUGCGGUGCCCGUACUGCUCGGCGGCGCAGGGGCGGUGCGCCACCACUACCACCGGACGAUCCAUAACCGAGUGCGCUUCCUGCGGCCGAGUAGUAGAAGAACGCCAAACUCAACCCCACCACCUCUUCCACCUCCGAGCCCAAGACUCCCCUCUCUGCCUCGUCACCUCCGACCUCCCCACUCCUCCCACCACCACCACCAUGACAAAGUGCCAACCGAAAGACCAAUCCGAAGAAGACCCAUUCGAACCCACUGGUUUCAUAACCGCAUUCUCCACCUGGUCGCUCGAGCCUUACCCAGUCUUUGCACAAUCUUCCAUCUCCUUCGCUGGUCAUCUUGCUGAGCUCGAACGUGUCCUCGAAACGACGUCGUCUUCGUCUUCGUCUUCGAGCUCCAAUUCUGGGCCUUCGGUAGUUGUGGAUAAUUUGAGAGCGUAUCUUCAGAUCAUUGAUGUUGCGUCUAUACUUGGGUUGGACUAUGAUAUAUCCGACCACGCUUUUCAGCUCUUCAGGGACUGUUCUUCAGCUACCUGUUUGAGGAAUCGGAGUGUUGAAGCUCUUGCCACUGCCGCUCUUGUUCAGGCCAUUCGCGAGGCCCAAGAACCUAGAACCCUCCAGCUGCCUAAACAGAGUCAUGCAUUGCAUCACAGCAGUACUGGAUCAACUCUCCAAUCCAGCGGCAGAAUUGUGAAGUCAGCUACUGGUACUGAGUCAGCAGAGUUU